AUGGAUGAUGAUAGUCCUUUACUGGAUGAUCACGAUAUAGUAGAACCUUUGCAUGAACGUAAUGGUAAUAAAUCAAUCGAAUCACUUCGAGAAUGGUUUAUAUGGUCUUAUUUAAAUGUAAUCUUAGGUUCAGUUAUUUUAGGCAUCAUAGCCAUUGGAUGUUCAUUACGUACUAACAAAUUUAAAGAAAGAAAAAAUUAUGAAAAAGCAAAAAAAUGGUCUUAUAUUACAUUGAUUGUUAACUGUUUAGCAACAUUAAGUGGUUUAACUAUUUCUGUAUAUCUUAUCUGCUUCAAAUCUCGUUUUAUAUAA